UAUAUAGAGAGCUUACCUUAUUCUACAUGUCCUUUGAUAUACAUAAAUCAUUUAUCAAUAGCGGUUAUAAAGGAAUUUUGUGUGCAUUUUUCAAUAGAGGUUAUAAAAGAAAUGUGUGUGCUGUGAUCAUUUUUCAAUAGAGGUUAUAAAAGAAAUGUGUGUGCUGUGAUCAACGUAAAAUUUCGAUAUCGUAAAGUAGGAGAGACGAUAUUGUUAGGAUUAACUUUCUUACUGGUUUUAUGUAGUUUGGUGGGUAUUUAUGUAUAAGUUUAUUUAUAGUUGGUACAACUUCAGUAAUGAGUGAGCCUGUUUCCACAGCCCAAGGUGACUCAGCUAGCCCCACCCCCGGGCACGAUCAAAGGGUCCCCGACGCGCCGCCAGUGAUUCGUCUGCCGUGCUGUCCGAGGCUGCUCCAUAGCAUCGAAGUGAAACCUCUCAAUCCGGACAUGGUGGAGGUUGUCAUAGGAACAGACAGAUGUAAACAAAUUGUUGCCAGGCUACACAAGGAAAAGGUAAUUGCCAUGGCUGCGGAAGGCAUCAACAUAGGGAAGGAGGGACCCGUCACGCUGCUGCAGAUCGCCACGUGCUCAGGUCACGUGUUCCUGUUCGACGUGCUCGUGAACCGGGAUCUUAUGCACCAGGGCCGCCUUAAACACGUGUUUGAAGACAGCAACGUGCAGAAGGUGAUCCACGACUGCAGUCGAUUGAACGCUGCCAUCACCUACCAGUUCUCCACCUCGCUCUGUAACGUGUUCGACACACAGAUUGCCCACAUGGUGAUUGAGCGACAUCGAGGCCGCCGGCUGCCGACGGGACUUCCGGUAUCCGACCUGUGUCUGCAGUAUUCCGAUAGCACGGAGAAGUUACAGACGUACGACUGGCGGACACAAGCCAAGACGACAUGGAUGACAAUGGUUGGCAACUUCUGGGCCAUGCGACCUUUGACCCCGGAUAUGGUCGAGUUUGCAGCAUGUGACGUCAUCGUGCUCAUUCCUGAGGUCUACAGGCACCAGAUGGAGUACAUUGUAUCAAACGGUCUCAAGAAAGAAUUCACCAAAGAAGUUGACAGCUGGAUGUUAAUUGAAAUGGAUGACGUCAUAAAGGAGAAACACGGGCGAAAAGUCAUUACGGAAGUGACGUCAAUUCUUCACAAAAUGGACGGAAAAUACGACGACCGCGCAGCAGUUUUCAAUAUUCUCGACCAGGACGAAAUAAACGCCCUAAGCUUGUGCACGUAUGAAGACGCAGAGGCGGUGUCGGACCGGGUGCGGAAACUCAAGGUCACCUAUAUCCUUAAGGAACUUGAAGACAUUCAGCGGCGGCUUCGAACGGAAGCGGAGAGCUGGGAGGACAAGGAAAACAUGCUGGAGCAUUUACGAUACUAUCAGACGCUGAAAAACGCGGACAUUCGAGAGACUGCGUCCCGGAUGUUCAGCGAGAUCCGGCAGGCGAUACUCGAACACGUCGAAGAGAAGUACGGCUGCGACUCCACUACCAACAUGCUCACUCUGGUGGAACGCGACGCGCUCCUGACGAUUCCCUACUCGGAAGUGGCUACGGGCGCGCAUGGCCCGGUAACGUCCGUCGUAUUCUGGCGGCUGAUGGAAGAAGAAAUACACGGUAUGAUAAACUGUCUGAGAUUUUCGCCCAACCAGUUCGCGCUAACGGAACCAGAGUACGCGAAAGUAGUAUUCUUUGCUAACGACGUCACUGGUGGCGUACCGGAAGAGGUUGCUACUUUGGCAACGGGACUUAUGCACGCGCUUCGGGCGUUUAAUGCUGCUACUGGGGGCUAUUCGAUAGAAGAAAAACGAAGAAGUGGCGCUUCUCAACGUGUGCACUGGCUUAAUAAUAUAAAUUAAUGUAUGUAGCUUGUUGUGUGUAUUUAUAAUUGAAACAUACUACAUCGAAAGAUUCUAUCAUCAUUUGCCAAAUCGGGAAAAUCCUUAUCUGCGUUACUUAAAGGUUGAAAGAUUGCACAAACGAAUUAAAAAAGGCCAUUAGCAUUUUAAUUGGUUUUCCUUAAAUAACAAACAUAUACAUGUUUAAGUGAGAUUCUCGAACUAUGUAAGAUAUUAAGGGAAAACCAACAUACAAUAAUUUAACCGAUCACGUUGUUUAAAGAAUAAUAGUUUUUAAACGUCAUAAUUAUUUUAAGCGUGUUAAUACACUAUUGAGAUGUGUUGUUUGUUAGCACUACACAACUACUUUGUUUAUCUUUUUAACUAGAUCUAGAUCAUGUUUGCACUACUCAACAUGUGUUUUUAUCUUUUUUAUCUACUACACAUGUUUGUGGUUUGGUUGUUAUGCAAUAUUUAAAUUGGCAUGAUUAAAUAAUAAAAUCUG